GAAUUUCGAUCUUGAAGCGCCAAAAACCAAAAAACCAAAAAACCAAAAAAAAAAAAAAAGCAAGAUGGAAGAAGCAGACCAACAAGAACUACUACAACAACUCACCAUCAACAACCAACGACUAACACCAAAGAUAUAUCAAACCAUCAACAAAACAAACAACAACAACAACCCAUUCCUAACUUGGAUUCACUACAACCAACUCACCAAACAACAACAACAACCCAACAUCAACCUCAGAAGAAACCUACUCAACCUCUGCAUCAGAACUACCUACUCCAACAAUCACCAGAAUAACAACUCACUAGAGACCAUUGGCUACUACCGAUCGAUCCAGGAAGAACUAAACGAACAACUAGACCAUUCCAUCUUCUUCCAAGAACUCAAAAUCAUCUCAAUCGACCACUACCACUACUACUUCCACCACCACAAUCACAAAAACCAUGCACUAGAAGAAGAACAUCAAUCGAUCAUCAACUCCAUCCACAACCUAUACCAGAUCACCAAUGCUGGUAAACUGAUCAUCGGAUGCCAGGACCUAGUACAACUUCUCGUCCAACUCUGCUCUCGUUCGAUCGCUCAUCUCCAAUCGAUCUACCCUCUCCUAAUCCAGUCUAAACUACUCCUCAUCAACAACAACAACAACCACCGAGCAUCUCCUUCAACAUCCUUCCUCAGGCUACUACCCAUCGCCCCUCAUUCUCAGAUCAUUCACUACUCAACCUCACUGCUCACUCAAAUCAUCAAGUUCUCCUCUCCUCAACUAUCAACCGAACAGGUCAAACUGAUCAUCCACCUCUUCAUCAACCGAAUCGGACUGGUCACUAGCUUCGAAUCUCAUCUCAAGAUCGUCCUAGAUUAUAUCGACUGUCUGGUCACCUUUGGUUACGUCCCUACCCGUCAAGCAGCUCACUCAACCCACUCCUCAGCCAACGAGUACCACCACCAACACCUCGAUGGAGCAGCCCUUCUAAUCGAUCUCGUCCGUUUUGUUGCUAGAAUCGUCGGCCUACAAGCUCAAGAGGGAACCGUAAAUGUUGUCAGGGCUCUCGAACCUAAACAACACUCUGAUCUGAUCGACCUAUCAUCAUCUGACCUUACCAUCCCAUUACAACUAGAAGUCAAACAUACCGCCCCCCUCGACCCUACCAUCAUUCAACAAGCCAAGACGUGUAUGAAGGACUUGAUUCGAUCACCAGCCAAUCAAGCCAUCAAGUCUCUUCUCUCAACUCUGACUGGUGAUGACCCCAAAAUCGAUGAAUGCUCAAAGAUCGGCGCGAUUCGCUGCCUCAGGUAUGCCUUCGACGAUUACGACCAGAUCUAUAAACAAGUCAGACCGGCGACGAGCUCUAUGGAAGAGGAAGCUAGCGGUGUCGCUACCAGUCUCACCCUACUCGGCCUCGGUCUCCUGCUCGUCAAAGGACCACUCAGUGACAUCAUAUCAUCAUCACUCAGAACUAGUCUGGCCAUCGAUCACGAGAUCUUGAUGCUACUCUAUGAUCGUCUCUGCUUUCGUCUCUUUCAACCCAACAAGACUUCCGUAAUCGGUAACCUGAUGAAGGAAGAUGAUCUCGAUUGUUGCUUGGAUCUCUUAUUGCUUUUCUCGCAAGAACGUCUGAAAGCUUGGAUUAAUGACUCUGAUUGGUCUUUGGAUUUCGACAUAGAUUCCAGCAUUCCACUAUCUCCCCAGGAUCAGCUCAAAGACACCGAAGGAACCAAACAGUCUCCCCUCGUACCUUUCGGAAAGAUUUUCUCACUACUCUUCAUCCGGCACGCAGCCGAGAUUCGAUCUGCUGACGGUCCUCAAGACAAAAUGUCGGAAUUGAUGAGCUGGAAUCCAAUCACAAUUGACAAGUACUACGGUUUAUGUAUCACUCUCUCAAGAUACCUCUCCAACCCACUCAAACUCUCUUUGAUCGAUCAAAUCGAAUCCGAUCAAGUCUGUUCGCCCGAGUACCCAUCUUGGCUCUCAAAUCUCAUCCUCCUUCUCGACGGUUUCUUUGAGUUUGACUUAGAUCGCACCGCCCUCAGUAAUAAAUCCGCUGGGAAAUCUAGUCUCGGUUCAUGUUCAUCAAACCCUUCACCUGCUGACUCUCAAGUUCGACUGCUUCGGUUGAUUCAUAACAUCUUUAUGGAAAUCAGGGACCUGGAAGAGUGGAGAGAAGAGCUUUUGCAAGAAGUGGUCAUCCCUACUCUCGGCCGGUUUCUUUUGUUACCCGAUCUUCGCUCGUUCGAUAAUCCGGUUCUCAUCGACUUAGUUAUGGACCUCAUCAGAGAGGUUACUCACAACGAACUCGUCAAUGAGCUUCUUUCUAAUCAAGACCAAGUAGGCGAACAGGAAAAACAUCAAGAUUUGACCGGCAAGUCCUUAGAUACCUAUGACCGGCUUCGCAAAUUGCUGAUGACAACGGCUAAGAUGGGUCAGCUGAUCGAUAUUGACGAUAUCACACGAUUUACAAACUCACCAAGCACUCAACAAGCAGAUCAGGAUUCAAUUCCGCCUCUUCAGAACGAAGUGAUACCUGCCGUCAGUGUUCCCAACACUCCUUUCACCACCCCAUCCUCUCUCCCUCUCAAGGCUUCAACGACGACGAGUACGACGAUCUCCAACACGAUCUUCAGUCCUCACCGUGUCACAUCAUCCAAUCAUCACGAACAAGUUCGAAUCUCUGAACGUUCCGAUGCGGUCUUUGCCAAGCGACAACAUGAACUUAGUUACAAGGCUGUCGUGACCUUGAUCAAGCUACUGACCGAUAGCAUGAAGAUCUCUACGGGCUAUUCAAAUGCCAAGUGUGUAUCCAUUUUCGUCGAUUUGAUUGGCCUCCUUCGACCAGCAAACGGACUCGUCAAUUCGACAAAUUCCCAAAGUCAUGCCGCACAUUCCGGUCUCCCUCAUUCAUUCAGCUUGAGCGAUUUAGAUCACGAUCUCCAACGUAAGGCCGAUGAAUCUCAAAUCGACAAUCGGGCCCGUCUCGCAAUCUUAAAAUGUUUGCUGAGGUUAAGGGCAGACGAAGAGCAUCGAAUCCAGUUUGUCAGAGAUUUGGAAAUCGAAGGAUUAGCUCAAAUUGUCGGCAGGGUCAUUGAUCCGUCCCGAUCAUAUGCUCCUGCGCUGUCUUCCCCUGAUAAAAAGUCGUGCUUCAGCCCUGCAGCAUCCUCCUCAAAGCCCCGUAUGACACCUACCUCCUUUCGUGAAAACCAUGAACCUGGAAGUAAUACGGGGAAAAGGUCGACCUCCAUGACCACCAAUGCAACGGCUACCAUUGGAAUGACGACGUCACCCAACAAUGCGUCGGAUAAUCUGGACGAAGGCAAGCCACUCUGGACGGUUCCUGACAAUUUGGAUGAGUUUGGAUGGGAGCCAAAGAUCGAAACCCAGUCAACUCACUGCCUUGUCACCUACGAUCACAUCAUUCGUAAAGAUUGGGAUCCUUCCCAGGAUCAUCUCUCGCUCAAGAAUAGUCCAAGUACAUGUCAUCACGUCGUUCGCCACAUGACCAUCCUGCCUAUCCCCGAUUACUUGGCAGUCUUGAUCGCGAUCCUACGCUAUGAAGUCGAUUGGGAACUAGUCUCAUAUGUACUGUGUCACUUGCCUGGACAGCUUAGUAAUAAACAUUUUACUUGCGAGCCACGCGCCUCACAACAGAUCCACCAGUUACGCCGAUUUCUUUGCAGUGGGAUCAAAACUGAUACUCUCCUCCACCAAGUUCGUUUCCCACCACGCCAAAGGGUGAAAUUGACCGAUGCACAUGCAAUCUCCUACCAAACUCUUUCGACCUUAAUCGCAUACAAGGCCCUAUUCGACAAAUCUCAAGCCGAUGAGAUGGUCGGCGCUUUUGUCAAAGGGCUUAGUAAGUACAAAGAUACCGCCAAGGCCUGUAUUCACGCACUCUCUUUGGCAUGUCAUGAGCUUCAACCUUCGAUCACCAAGUUCUUGCCCGAGAUCCUGCGUGGUUUGACGAAGAUUGUCUCCUCAGCCUUCGUCUCGGUACACAUUCUGGAGUUACUGGGUUUUUUGGGUCAGAUGCCUUCGCUCUAUGCGAAUCUGACUGAGGAGGAGUUCAAGAUGAUAUUUGGUAUAUCAUUACAAUAUAUCACUACUCAUAACCAACUUCAGCAGCUAGAGGAGUCUCGAUCUGCACAUACUUCGUCCAACCAUCUCACGCCACCAAGAGCUGGAAUUUCGACCUCAGAAGUCUCGCUGGCGGAGGAGGUCGAGUUAGCAUUCCAGCAAUAUGUUUAUCUCAUGGCAUUCUACAUUAUUGCUCUCUGGUUCGUUUCACUCAAACUUCCGGAACGCAAGAAGUAUGUUACUUUCAUCACCCGCAAACUUGUCCAGGCCUGUGAAGGCAAGCAAGGCCUUGACGAACCUACGGAAGUCUGCUUCGAUAUGCUCAAUCGGUACACCUAUUCGAAUGCCGAACCCAAACCAAGGAUGAAGCAAUCCAAAUUCAAUCAGAUCAUCAACUCCUCCCUCGGCAAGUCGGUCCGAACCACUAGCUGGAUCAUCGGCAACUCCAUCCUGACAAUCAAAUGUCUCAGUCGGCCCGGUUGGACGGAGGUGUGUGUGAAGCGGCCAAGUGGAAUGGUGAAAAUGAUUUGGGAAUUGGAAAACCUGAGUGGCGAUUAUGGUGCCUCCGAGCAAGAUGUUUUGGAGAUGGUCAUCCGACACCGUGACACUCUGAAUUCCGCUGCUUCGGAUGAUGGUGGGUUGGGAGAUGAUAUCGAAACUCCUGGUUCUCAACAGCCGUACGGCGAUGGAUCGACAGCAUCUACCGCACAGCUCCGAGAAGUUAGCUUGGAGUCAGUUCUCGAACAGUCUGAAGAGAUCACUCGGACGACAGGUAUCGAGCCUAAUUACACUAACCUGUCGGUUGAGCCUAGUUUUUUCGCACUCCAACUGUUUCCCUUCGGAGAUCUUGGAAGCCCGACGCUUGAAGAUUCGCCCUCAAAUUUUAGACCACUCAAGGUACCCGACCAGCCCAUCUUUCAACGGGCGGUUGAGAUGAUCGAUUACUUGCCGGUGGUGGAUUUUCAUAAGAUCGGAGUGAUCUAUGUCGGCCCAGGGCAGACAACGGAGGAGGAGAUCUUGGGCAACCGAGAAGGCUCAAAGGCUUACAUCAACUUCUUGAGCUCACUCGGCCAAUUGGUCAGAUUGAAAGGAUGUGAACACUAUAAUACCGGUGGGCUGGAUUCGAAGACCGAUUCUAAUGGAAAGUUUGCGUACAUGUGGGGCGACGACAUCACGCAGAUCUGUUUUCAUAUCGCCACCUUGAUGCCGACCAGUCGGGACGAACAACCCUCGGGCCCAGAUCCGAUCAUGACCAAGAAAGCGUUGAUUGGCAAUGACUUUGUGGUGAUUGUCUUCAAUGAUUCUGGCAAAGAGUACAAAUUCGACUGUCUGAAAUCGGAAUUCAACUUUAUCAAUAUCAUCAUCGAGCCCAACACUCCGAUCAAUUCAACCCUCAACUUGCACGCCGGUGUCCAACAAGAACUGAAGUUCUUUAAGAUCAGUUUGCAGAGGAAAGCAGGCUUGCCGAAGAUCGGUCCGAUCGCCGAGAACUUCAAAAUGAUAUCGAGCUCGUGUCUUUCCGAGUUCGUCCGCCGGUUAUCGCUCCAUUGCAACACCUUUUCACAAGUCUAUUUGGCCUGUGUGGGCACGGAGACGCGGAAGACGGAACAUCAUCAUCAACAACAACAACAGCAACAACAACAGUCGUCAGUACAGGAUCAUCAUCCAAAUACUCACCAUCAACACCAUCACCGCAAUCGAAGGAAGCUCGAGUUCGUCAGUAACUGGCGCGCCCGACUGCGGGAAAUCAAGCGACUGAAAGAACGGAUCCAUAAGCUUGGCCCUUCGACGCCUUCUAACCCUACCACCACUCUGACUGCUGCCACCCCUGGGCCGACCCCUUCCUCAGAUGAGGCGGGCUUCAAACUUCCCGUGAUUCACUCUUCUGGGGGAGGAACAACAGCUCCUGCUGCUUCUGGAUCAUCCCUUAACACCUCUAUCGCUCCGUCGGCUACCACAGCUUCUUCCUUGGGCCCCAUAAGCUCUAGUAACCUUCUCCUUCCUGGCUUUAAAAGCUCUAAACAAGCGGAUGAUUCCGCUUCCGACUUGUUGACUACCCUUCCCUCAAAUCCCUCUCCGCUUUCACUUCCCGAGCUCCCACCUCCUCCUCCCCCUUCUUCUUCAAUGAUUCCUUCAUUUCCGCUCCCUCAUCUUCAUCUUCCUUCCAGCCUUCUUCCUCUUCCUCCUGCCAAUCCUGCCCCUCCUCCUUCUACAAAUCCACCACCACCAGCCACGCAUCCUCCUCCUCCUCCUCCUGCCGCUGCUCCUACUACCACUUCACCCUCAUCUUCAUCCACUCUCAAUCAUACUUCCGCAUCUACUCCUGUUCUUUCUCAUCCUAGUUCUUCUCAUCCUAAUCCUAAUCCUUCUUCCAUUAAUAAUCAUAUUCCCAAUACUACUAGUGCUGAUUCUAUCUCCAUUUCUAAUUCUACUACUACUACCACGACUUCCAAUAGACUUUCUAGUCUCCUCUUUGAUGUCGAUCUCGUUUCUCAAAAUCUUGACUUUAGCUCUUGGACCGAUUAAUCUCACGUUUUUUUCUCUUUCUAUCUUCUCUUUCUCUCUCUUUCCUUGGGUUCUUGUUCUUUCUUUCUUUUUUGAUUUAUUUAUUUUCUUUCUCUCUUUUCUUUUUGUUUUUGAGGAUUUGCGAUGUCUUCUUUUUUUUCUUUCUUUUUUUGGUGGAGGUUGAUGAUGUAUUUGUUACUUAUUUUUUGUUAGAUUAAAAUCAAAUCAUAUUUUCAUAUUGCCUCAAUUUUCUCUCUGCAUUAUUUUAUGAUUAUUUUUGCUCCCUAGAUUGUUUUUUUUUGUUGGGUUGAAAUUGAAUUGAAUCAUAUGGAGGUACUGAGCUGCCAAACUUGCCAAAAACCCAUUUCCAUUUCCAUUUUUUUUUUGGUAACCUGGAGAAUUGUAUUUUUG